UCUCUCUCUUCUCUCUCUCUCUCUCUCUCUCUCUCUCUCUGUUGCUCGACUCCAAAUUUCAUGUGGGUUUCAAAACAAGCUCUCCCAGAAUAGUUUGCUCUCUCACUCUCACUGCACUAUGGCUACAUUUAGAAAAAAAUGCUGCUUUCUCACUUCUAUAAGACCCCAUUUCAAUCUGUCCCUAACAACGACCACAAGACAACCUGCUGCCAAUAAUGCCACCAUUAUUCCACCCUCCCUCUCAGUCCCUCGGCUCUACCACUAAGCCAGCCUCCCCCAACUCUGACCAAUAUGACACCUUCCUUCUCCCAGUCCGUUAGCUUUAACUGCUAAGCCUAACCUCCCUCCCAGCCCUUCAGCUAAAAUGACUAAGCCAGCCUCUCUCGGCUCUCUAGACUAGACCAGCACUAGCUCUGACUCACUGAGAUGCAGACUGCUCCAGCACGCAGAACUCCCACCAGCUCUAAAUAAAAAAGCAGGCGAUGCAGCUUGAAGCCGGUGCUGCAGGACGGUGUCUGCUGCAGAGGAGCCGGAGAGCAGUGCUGUCUGGUUGGGCGCGUGUGUUUUUGUGUCUGCAAUGCUGAGCAGGGGAGAGGCCAGGCUCCCAGACUCGCAGCUAUACAGUGCUGCCGGACUGCUGCAACCGAACACUCUCCACAAAGGUCCUUCCAUUGGAAUGCCUUCAGAAUUAUGAGCAUCGUGUGCACCUCCCAACACCCAUGUACCACAGGUUUCUUCGAGACACUCCAGAUUCUGAGGGGGUGUGUGUGGAUAUUGCUCAGCCCACGCAGCUCUGCAGUACCUGAAUGAUGCUCUUCCACAGCACGUGCUGCUGAUUCACAUCUCACCACUCUGCCCCAGCCCUGCCCGGGAUGCUGUUCGUGGCUUCAUGUGGACUCGGUGGUGUCUGUGGAGAUGGAUGCACCACGCUCGUUCCAGGCUCUAGGGGGCAGGAGAGAGGCAGAGCGAGUCAAGGAGGGGAGCGGAGGAGACGAGUGAUGAAGUGCUGCUGCGCUCCCGACAGCAAAAGAUUUCAGCUGUGUUGAUGUAAGGAGCGACUCAAGUUACCACUUGGGCAGGAAAAGAAAAAAAAACUUCUAGCAGAUUUCUCUACUUUUCUUUUGCACUUUAAAUAUUUAUAUGUUUUUUCAAUUGACUUGAUCUGGUGCACAAAACUGAAGGAACAAUGAGACACAUCCAUGUGGAAAUUGCACAGAAAGAGCCGUCUGCGGACCAGCCUCCUCAAGAGGGGGAUCUUCCCCGGCCGAACAUCCAAACAGGGGGCCUGGACUCCAGCCCGGGCCAGGGCCUCAUCCGGCCCUUCAGUGAGAACGAGAUCAAGCUGCAGAAGGUCUACCAGCUCUCCAUUUUCUCACAGCUGGCCGGCUUCACCGAGAGUGCGGGGCAGAGGGCCGGCAAACACACCACGAAGAGAGGACCGUCCGAGAGCCCUACCCAUUCAGACAACAAGCGGGUCCACCUGGCCCAGUCCGACGAGGAGCUAGAGGAUGAGGUGGGGCCCUCGGACCAGCUGGUGGACGAGAAGCCCCUGUUGUGUGGCUCCGGCCAGCACUUCUCUCACGCAGGGAUGCGUGUGAUUGAGCACAAGGACUACGUCUCUCCUGCCAGAGACCCUGCCUGGAGCGCAGGGAGGCUACCGUUCCCUCUCCCUGCGCUCGACUGCAGCAAGCAGGUUUCAGAGCACAAUGAGGACCGGGCCUCGAGGAAUGGGGAGGACUGCAACCGUCAAAGAAACCCGCAUUCUGCCGAUGGUGCAAUCCAGACAGAUCCAGCAGCCUUCAAGUCAAUGGCAGAACCCAACAACGCCGGGAAGCAGGAGCUGACAGACAGAGACAGGACUGCUAGCACAUGGGAUCUUGCCAAUGGAGAAAUGUCUUGUGGCCAAACCUCUAGCAACACCGAGCACAAGGACUUCAGAAAAUGCUGUGAGUCAAGCGAUGGAGGGCCGUCUCCUUAUCAAGAGAUGGAGGACAGGAGGUCAAGGACUUUAGAUCUGGAGCUGAGGUCUCCAGAGACGGAUCGACCGCAGGCUUCCUCCAGUAACGGACUGGCCUCCUCCGAGAAGACCCCAUGCGUCCCCAAGCAGUCUGGCCCCAGCCCGGCCUCUGGCGGCAGCGGCUAUGGUGUCAAGAGGAAACUCCUGGUGUCCAGCGACAUAGCGGAGUCCUGCUCCGAGGACGAGGGCCCUUCCACCUCCAAGAAGAGUCGCACCCCGCUGUCCCACGCCAUCACUGUAUCCUGCCGCAGCACCGACGCCAAAGCAGCUCCCUUCUGGAACCACCUGCUCCCCUUGACCCGGGACAGGCCCAAGAGUUCAGCUGAUUGCAGCAGUGUGGGCAGAAGACUGAAAAGUGGACUUCGGCUGAAAUCGAGGCAGCUCCGCAGCAGCCGUCGGGGGGAGUCGAGCCAGGCUCCUCGCUCCAGCUGGCCAUCUGCCUCCAUCAGCCGCUCCCUGCUGGGGAACUUUGAGGAGUCGAUCCUGAAGGGCCGCUUUGCCCCGUCGGGCCGGAUCGAGGGAUUCACUGCAGAGAUUGGUGCCAGCGGCUCCUACUGCCCCCAGCACGCCACCCUGCCUGUGGAGGUCACCUACUAUGACAUCUCUGAACACAGCGCUCCCUCCCCUUUCCUGGGCGUGAUCCACCUGGAGCCUUUGGGAAAGAAGGGAUACAGCGUUCCCAAAGCAGGAACCAUCCAAGUGACCUUAUUCAACCCUAAUAAAACUGUGGUGAAGAUGUUCCUGGUGACGUACAGCUUCGGGGACAUGCCAGUGAACCACGUGACCUUCCUGCGGCACCGCAUCUUCCUGGUGCCCGUGGAGGAGGGGGAGGAGCAGGGGGGCACCCCCAACCGGAGGAGGAUACUCUGCUACCUGAUUCACCUCAGAUUCCAGAGCUCAAAGUCUGGGAAGAUCUAUUUGCACAACGAUAUCCGGCUGCUGUUCUCCCGUAAAUCUAUCGAGGUUGACACGGGGAUCCCCUACGAGUUGAAAUCUUUCACAGAAAUGCCAAGAAACCCCAAGUACUCUCCUAGGGUAUGAACAUGGGAUAGUACAGCUUAAUACAAACAAAACUAUACAGAAACUUGAAAAAACAAGAAAACCGAAAGACUCAAAGCUGUUUCUGAAUUCAGUGUUAACAUGCAUGCCUUGUAACAAGCCUCUGUGUUCUCUUGUAGUGCGGUUUACAUUUUAUAGCACUGAUGUUCAACCUUUCUGAACCCAAGGACCAUACACCCAUACUGUGGAUCAACAAGAGAGCUGAAGCCAGCAAACCAUGCUUUAAAAAAUAAACACUCACUGUUCCUAGCAGUUCAGAAAGCUCCCUCGUGGAAUGCCCUUGUUAAAUACGACCUGGCAUCUUUGGGGACCAUACACCUUGGCAUACACUCAAUCACGUUGUGCAUAGUUCACAGAAGGGAGGAGUUUGCUAUUCUCCCUGGAGAACAUGCACCAGUGGCUGAGGAAAUGAUCAUCUGCUCAGCUAAUCUCUCAAUUCCCAUCUGGUUGAACGUCCAGUGACUUUCUAUAUACUACACCAGCGGUUUGGAUGUUUUAGACUCAAGGAGUUGUGACACCCACUUCAUCAGUUCAGUGAUUUCCCUACAGUCCUGCCAAAGGAAGCUGUUCUUAUGUUGCGUAAGUGAUCUGAAGGGGAUUUCUGUUAUUAUGCAGAGUAGUGUGAUGUCCAGUAUUUUGGAUGCGGUACAAGAGUUAAAAACCUUGCUGCUGUUAAAGAAAGCUAGAGCCACUGUCCAUGCUCGGGUCCUCCACCACAAGGGGAAUGAAUGUUCAGUGACGUAUGAGCAGUGAGUGUACAUAAAGGCUGUUUGGGUACGAUCCUGCAAAAGUGCCACCCAUGUAGGCCACAUAUGAAAGAAUUAAUCCCCUGGAAAGCUUUGGGAGUGGGGUAGCACUGUAGGUAAUAUGUAAUGGGGAUAGGGGAUGUAAGUGAUUGGGAUGUAGUUUUAAAAAAAAAAUACUCCUGUUCUGAAAUCGGAGUUGAUACAAAAGCAUUCUCGAUCCUGAAAAAGCCUGUGCUGUCACUGUGCACAUCCCUGAUGUUGGUGGUUUAUCCAGUCUGGGGGCCACCAGUCUGUCCAUGGUGGAAGUUGGUUGGAGAACAAGUGUGUUAGAGCAUUCUGUUAACAGUCUGAGUUAAAAGAAAACAAAAAAAGAGUAAUAUUUAAUUUAUUUGCAGAUGUCUUACAGCAAUAUUCUGUGCAUAUUGAAGGUGUGUGCGGAGCUACAUUCUGUUGAGAGUUGAUUGGUUUGGGGGGUGGGGAGGGGUGGAGAACUGGACUUGUCAGUAACACAGAUCACACAAUAAUUAAAAAUGUUGCAGGAGAUGUGAUGUUAUCAAAAAAAAAAGUUUUUAGGUCACUUACGAUUUAUAACACAUCACAACUUCUGAUGCCUACUAAACACAGCACUCAACGGCUCAAGCAUAGUGAAGAUGUGGAUUCCAAAGAAAAUGAAGGGGGUUGAGAAGGGUGUCUACCAUGGGUAGCCAGGACAGCACUCCUGCACUCAAAAGCUAGUGAUACAAUCUUAGGGGUGUACAGUAAGUUGGAUUUGUUGCAUGAUUGCAAGUUUGUUUUACAUAAACCCAAACCAAUGGUCAUAUACAUUGUGCAAUGCAAACUUUUCCAUCGUGUUUUAAAAGACAAACUCCGAUUGUAACCACCUGUUAGCUUGUGAAACUCAAGUGCAGCUUAUUAGGGCUUUUACAAAGCACAAUAAACCCACAAAGGCUGUUUGUGAUAGCGCUUUGGCAUUCUGGUACGAAUACUGGUCAGGUAUAAUGCAGGCACACUUCCCCCCCAAAGCUCCCCAAAUGCAUCUCAAUCUAGACUCGUCUAACUGACUGCUAAGAGACGUUUGUGAUGUGGGACUUUAGUCCAUUUAAGGCUGCAGGUUGCACAAAGCUAAUUCAAUUUGUGGUUAGGCUUCCAGAGGUGAGAAGCUUGAGCAUUAGCUUCCCCUGUCAUACUCUGAAGGGUGGGUAUCUGCUUUAAUUGUCGUACCUACCAAAGGUGGUGAAGCAUUAAAAUGAUGGCAGUGAUAAUGUAAAAAAAAAAGUUGCUUUCAGGUUUAAUCGGCGAAGAGUAUUUUAGUUGCGAGAAACUUUUUUUUUUAUCUUGUUAUUUAAAGAUAAUUUUAGUUUAAGUCUAUGUUUAAGAUAAAAGUAGAUUGUACUUUGGUUUUAAAAUUGGAUUUUGAUAAGGCUGGAAACGCACCAGAGGAUUUUUUAUUAUUUAUUUUUAGCAAUAUGGUUUAUUUGUAGUAAGAGCAUGUGUUGGUUUCGUAGAAGUUCAUCGGAGAAGAGAGAUGCACACCACAUCUUUUAAUGCGCUUAGUUGUACACAACAGUUAGUAUUCCAUUUAAGUAAAGGUUUUGCAGUUGGCACAAUGAGAAAAAAGGUUGUACCAUUGCUUACGUAUCAGUUAGGAGCUGUUCCAGGAGAUGAUCUGCAGUACAGUAGAGUUCACUGGGGUAAAAAGGAUCCCUGACUUUGAAAAACAGAAGUAGUUAACACAGUGAAAAAUAACAGUUUCUUCUUUGGAAGGUCACUGAAAGAGAGGACAAUUACAAUAACAUUUCUGUGAAUUGACUGUGUUUAAAAAGACAUUGCAAGAUAAUAACAGAUUUAUAUUGCAUUAGCUGGAUAACUAAAAUGAUUUUACCUGUUUCUUUUAUUAUUGUAUUCUACAGGUGGGUGUAUUGAAGUUAUGGAUCAAAUAAAAGGGACAGUGACAGUCUAUUCAGGGACCUUACAAAACAACCAUGUGAAUCAAUAACAAAACCAGUUUGACAAAAUGGGUGUGAAAAUCGUUGUGUGAGAAGAAAGGAACAAAGCUAUGGAAGAUGGUAGAGCAGAGAAGUUUGAAAUGAGGUCAGUUCAUCGGGUUUGGCAUAGGGAAAAAAUGGCCUCCGUUGCUCUGAUGGAAAUCAGGAAAUUCAUUGAAGCAGGAUAGAAAGUGGCAUCCAUAUAGUUUGUGAAUGUGGAAGGUGUUGCAUUUAGUCAGGUGUCGUAAUGGACAGCUGGGCUUCCAUUCUGGUUAAGCAACAAUGACGGUGGUAUGGUUAAAAAACACACAUUAGAGCAGAAAGUUUCUUUGACAAGCCUUAUACAGUAGAAACCCAGUAUACAGGCAAUGGAAUGUGAAGCCUUUCAUCUCUGGGUAGCAGAAUAAUUUUCUUUCACAGGCCAUCGAAAGUCAGUUCCAUUGGCUUUUGUGCACUCAGAGCUGACACCUGCACUUGCAGUCUCACAGCGUAGGACUGGGCGGGCAUAUUGGCACAAGGCGGGGACACUGUGUGGGGAAGCAUGCACUGAAACUUACUGUAAAGUACAACUAAAUACUGUCAAGCCUGGUUAAUAGUAACUGAAUUCGAAAAUGAUAAUUGUAGAUUUAUAAACACAUGGGUUUGUCUGUGGGCCCUGAAGUCUCACAGCAAUAAGGGUUAGAUUCUGUUGACAUUCUGUGAUAUGUGUUACUGUGACAUGGGUUCCUUGAGUUCACACCUAUGCCAACACGUAAUACCUGUAGCUGGUCUCUCUGUAAAUAAAAAAUAAAUAAAAAAGUGUUGUCAAAA